AAUUAUGCUGUGGACUAUUUAUUAUAUGUGCUGCGCUAAUAUAGAUAUAACUAUUGGUUUCUAUCUUGAAAGCUUGACUUAUUUUAUCAGCUCGGGAAGAAAUGGUGAAGAAUCUGAAAGUUGAUCCUUCUCCUAAACUCAGUGAUUCCUAUCUGAUUCGUGGGAAGGAUAGGAAUCCCUCUGAUGCUAUGUCCUGUGUUUCCUCUGGAGAUGCACCAUGCACCGUUAAGGAUACCGAUGUGGAUCAUGAGUCUGUGACGGCCGAGCCAGGCAUGUAUUCUAGCAGCUACUAUGGAUACUACAACCCAGGUUGUGAUGUUUCUCUGGGAGAAUGGGAUGAUCAAGGAUGCUUUAUUGGCUCUGAUGGAUUGGAGAUUCAAUACCCUGCCAUUCAAGCUGAUAAUGGAUCUCUUGUCUACUACAUGCCAGGGUUUCAACCUGGUUAUAUUCCUUACAACCCAUAUUUCCCUGGAGCUACAAUUGGCAUGGAAGGGCAGUAUUUUGGUCAACAGCCAUACUUCCCAAGCCCCGUCUUUCCACAACCCGUUACUGCACCUGGAUAUUUCCCCACUCCACUCUCUUAUGGAUCAGAGGUUGUGCCCUCAUACCUCUGGGAUCCUUCUGUUGUAGUUGAGGAUGGGGCUCAUGGCAAUGGCUGUGGUGGAGUUCCACCAAUACAUGAGUCCAAACGUAAUUUCUCUGCCCAGAGACACAAUAUUGCUCCAUCUCUGAAAGCUCUGACUGCUUCUAACCCUAGUAAUCCAUCAGGAGGAAAGGGCUCAUCACUAUCACCCAAUGUCUCAUCAGGCCCCUGUAUGCUCAACCAAUUGAAGCCUGCAAAUAAGGGAUCUCCAGUUCUGGCCAAGGGUUACUUCCCCAUUACCAAGUUUCCAUGUUCAAAUCAGGGGAAAGGUGGUUUGUUAUAUCCCAACAGUCCAGUUAAUUUGAAAGUAAAUGGUAGGGGUUGGGGUGGCAGUGAAAAGCUUAAAGGAAGAGGCAAGAUUAAUGGAGUUAGCGAUUUUGACUUGCUAAAUGAACAGAAUUGUGGCCCGAGAACAACCAAUACCAAAGGAGCUUUGAUGUCUGAAACUGAUUUGGGUGUAUCUAUAGUAGCUGAUGGUGUCAAUGAUAGUAACUGCACACUUGAUGUAGUCAGAAGGGAACAAUACAACCUUCCCGAUUUCUCAACCAAAUAUGAUCAUGCUUUGUUUUUUGUGAUAAAAUCUUAUAGCGAAGAUGAUAUUCACAAGAGUAUCAAGUAUAAUGUGUGGGCAAGUACACCAAAUGGAAAUAAGAGGCUUGAUAGUGCUUAUCAAGAUGCACAGGCAAGAAUGACAGAGAAAGGCAGCAAGUGUCCAGUCUUCCUUUUCUUCUCUGUAAAUGCAAGUGGUCUGUUCUGUGGAGUAGCCGAGAUGAUUGGUCGAGUAGACUUCAACAAGAACAUGGAUUUUUGGCAGCAAGACAAGUGGAAUGGUUUUUUCCCAGUCAAGUGGCACAUCAUUAAAGACGUCUCAAAUGCUCAGUUCCGGCACAUAAUACUUGAGAAUAAUGACAACAAGCCUGUUACUAACAGCAGGGACACACAGGAGGUUAAAUCUCCUCAAGGCAUUGAAAUGUUGAAUAUUUUUAAGAACCAUUCGUCAAAGACAUCGAUAUUGGAUGACUUUGGUUUUUAUGAAGGUCGCCAGAAAGCAAUGCAAGAGAAGAGGGCACGACCACCUACACCCCGUUGGGAUCAUGUGCAGCAGAAGCCUGAUGAAGUAAAGCAAGUAACUAACAGUCUUGAAGGGGUCGAGCUGAGCACGGGCAAGAACAAUGAAGUUGUGGGUGGAGACGACAAAGUGAAGGAAUGAAGGAGCCUGAACGUGUAUGGAGGAGCAUGGUUUUCUGGGGAGCAGCACUGGAAUAAUAUCAAAGCAGGCUCGAAGGAUUGAUGCCAAUGCCUACUUGAAAUGGAAGAAGCCAAAAAGGUGAAAAAAAAAGAAAAAAAAGAAAGAAGAAAGUGAAGAGAGAAAUUCCGAGGGUAGAGAACAAUGUUCCUGGGCCUGGCUUGCAGCAGCUAUGGGGAAUGCUGACGAGAAUUGAUGGCCUUGGCUGUCUCGCGUGGCCUGGAUGGCCAAGUUUCUGUUGGACCAUUAAAUAUAGAAGAAAAAAGUUGAUAAGAAGACAUGGGGUUUGGGAAAUUGGGGCUCGGGGGAAGGACUGGUUGGGGGUUGGCUUCUUAGUUUUUUGUUUUUUGUUUUUGUUGUUUGGGCGCGGGAUUUUGAGAAAGAUGCUUUAAGGAUUGGUUAUCGCGGCAAUGUCAAAGGGAGUCGUCUCAUAAAGCGGCAUAUUAUUAAUUGACAUUUUUCUGUUUUGCCGUCUCAGUGCCCUUUUGUGUUGGGCAAUUGCCCUAUGGAUUCGAGGGAAUCGGUUGGUGAAUGGAUAUGCCCAUAUGUGUGUUGUGGGUCCUGGCGGCUGGAGGCUGGAGGCUGAUUUUUCUCUUUCAUUUCUUUUGCGUUUGUAAUAUGUAAUCUUAUUUUCUUGAGCUAUUGAUAGUUUUGGUCC